AUGAGUAACGACAAAACCGUGGUCACAGAAAUCAAUAUAACUGCCAGCAGCGAUUACAGUCUCCAGUGGAAUCGAUGGGCGAUGAAAAGCAUAGGCACAUGGCCACAGUUCUCGUCGAACCUCGAGAGAAACAUCUCUCGAAUAUUAAACGUGAUCUGCUACACCGCAAUACUAUUCUCGAUAAUCCCUUGUUCGUUGCACCUAAUGCUGGAAAAAGGGACUUUCUACACGAAAGUGAAAAUACUCGGUCCGUUGAGCCACUGGGUGUUCUGUAUCAUCAGUUACACCAUGCUGUUGCUGCGACGUAAAACCAUACAUCACUUUGUCAAUCAUAUGGAGACCGAUUGGAGAACGACGACGAGAAAGGAGAAGAAAGAAGUCAUGCUGAAGUACGCAAAAUUUAGUCGAUACGCGGCGAUUUUUUGUGCGAUCUUCAUACACGGUGGUAUACUUGGAUAUUGUGUUAUGACAGCGUCCACCACGAUG